CAGUCAAGCACCAUCCCCUUUCCCACUACUUUUCUUCUUCUUUAUAUCUCCUCUUUUCCCAGCACUUUACAUCACUAAAUAGACCACUUUCUUCAAACUGAGAAAUUAGGCUGCAACUUCUAUCUGCUCCUGUCCAUUGGGCAUAUCCUGCUAUCCAUCUCAAACUGUCAUGUUUGUCCUUCCAGUAGUAUUAGUUAAACUAGUGAUGUGUUCUCCAUUUGCCAUCUGAACCGCUCCUCAAGCUUAUCGCUUUCUGAACUCCAGCUCAAAAUCCAUUUUUCAGCUUUUGUCCCAAAUCAGAACCAUAGGCCUGUCCAGUGUUUGUGAAGAUCCAAACAUGGAAAAAGUUAAUCCGAGCGAGCAAAAGAAUCUAAUAAUUGAGCUAAGUCAAGGUAGGGAGAUGGCAAAUGAACUCAGGAAACAACUUGAUCCGGUAACAUCUCCGGAGACUUGCGAAGCAUUGGUUGAGAAGAUAGUUUCUACAUAUGAUAAAGCACUAGCCAUGUUAACUUGGAGGGUCUUAAAGGAAGAAGAGACUUUGCCAGAAACCGGCAGAAAGGAAUCUCCUCUAUUUCAUUCCCCUGUUCUCACUACCCCAAUAACUGAGGGCUCAAAUUCCAGUGGUUUCUCAAAGGAUCAAGAAUGCAACAAAGAUGCAUCCAAGAAGAGAAAGACAUUGCCAAAGUGGAGUGAGAACGUUCGCGUUUGCUCUGCAAGUGGUCUUGAAGGUCACGUUGAUGAUGGACACAGCUGGAGAAAAUAUGGGCAGAAAGAUAUUUUAGGGGCUAAUUUUCCAAGAGCAUAUUAUCGAUGCACUCAUCGAAACUCAAGAGGCUGUUUGGCAACCAAGCAAGUCCAGAGGUCGGACGAGGAUCCGGCCGUCUUUGAGGUAACCUAUAAAGGAAGGCAUAGUUGCAUUCAAGCCGCCAAUUCAGGUUCAGCAAUACGUUCAGAUGGAAAGGAAAUGCAUAAACCAAAGAAAGCUCGUUCACUAGCAAGAGAAGGAGGUAAUCAAAUGGGAGCAGAACAGACGCUACAACAUCUUGGACAAGGCCUUAAAGUUGAAACGGAGGUCUCGAAAACUAAAGAAGAGAUUUUCCGCUCAUUUUCCUUCUCUUUUAAAGGAGUGGGAUCAGACAUUCUAGAAAGCCAAUUCUUCUCUGAUGUAAUGAAGGAUUGUGACAUGAUGGGCAGCAAUUCGCCUACAUUUUUAUCUCCGACAACGUCCGAGUCCAACUACUUCUCAUCAUCAUGCCAAAUGGACAACAACUUCGGUAUAGACAACAUCCUGCAGACCUCAGAGUCUGAUCUUACUGACAUGAUAUCAACUCCAACUUCAGUCAUCAGCAGUUCCCCGUUUGGUGAUCAUGAUUUCUCGAUUGAUCAAGUGGAUUUUGAUACAAGUUUCACACUUGAUGACGACCUCGCCUACUUCAACUGAUUUUCAAAUCCAUUUAUCCCCUGAGCAAUUCAAUAAAAAAAAACGUGUCUAUAUUAUCAUAAAAUGCUGGCUCUGUUACCGUUUGUACCUGUUUUGAUCCUUCCGCACCGGAAGCCGGAAAGAGAGAUGAAUAAACUGUGAAAUCAGUUUUUAGUUGUAGUCCGAGAAUAUAUAUAGAUGUACAUGUUGGUACCCACCGCCACCGGCUAGUUUAGGAUUUGAUUUGAUCUCGGAAGACAUCGAUCAUAGAAGAUAGAGUGUUCAUUUGUAAUUUCUGUAUUUCAUGAUGAUUGAUGUAUGGUCACCUUUUUCCUUCAGGUGAUGUGUACGUAGAUUAAAUCGAGUUUCAAUGUUUGAUUUGGAAAAAUAAACCAUUUGGUA